AUGUCUAUCCAACUGGGCAAGUUAUGCUCGCGCAUCAUAGAACAACAUUUCGGGGAAGUAGUACGGACAGUAGUGGAUGAUCUGUUUGCAUCGAUCGCAAAACCUUUGUCGCAAAUAAUUCGUUCAACAGGAUUAACCAAAUCGGAGGUAUGCAAAUCAUUGGCCAUAUUGAUCAAAUUUAACAUGAUAGGAUUCGAGUUAAACAAGGCUCGCACGCAGUAUGAGUAUCGCUUGUACCAUGAUCGCAUAGUGAUGAUCCUACGCUACCCACGCUACGUGCAUUUGGUACAGACAAAGUUCGGCCACGAAUCGGCAGUGUUGAUGGAAGAAUUGCUACGGUCAGGUACCCAGACAGCAUCGUAUAUUAUCGUCAAAUCGAUGCCCAACGUGGACAUCAAGGAUCACAAUACGCUAGCGUCGCUGAGAGACAAAUUCAGUGACCUCGCCAAUGAACACUACAUCAUUCGGGCGCCCGAACCGAUUCCCAGCGAUGGUAGCGCUGAAUUGAUGGAGCUCUGUCACGACAUUCCCAAUCCAUUCGUCAUGCCGGAGCUGGAUUUGCGUAUAUUGAAGGAUCUGCACGACGGGAAAGCUGUCAAAGCGCCCGACGAAAACGUGCACUGGCUCGUGAACGUGGAACAGUUUCAUAUCGAUUUUCGUAACACGAUCAUGAUAACGGCGAUUGAACGGCUGAUUGAUAGCAAUGCGGGCGAGUGCAUGAAGUUCUUGCUGCAGCUGAUGAGCGAACGCACGAACCCUUGGGAAGCGGUUUCGAAUCCAAUCGCGCUCGUGGACCUAAGGCAGCGCUGCGAGAGAAAGUCUCAGAACGUUGAAAUGUUACGCUACCUCGACCAGUAUAUCUCCGUGAUGGAAUCGAACGAUUACUUGUCCAAGUUCGACACCAAGGGUGGCGGGCAGUUUACGGUAAAUGUGAAGAAAAUCUUCGAACAGCUGACGUGGGCCUGCAUCGAGAAUAUUAUCGUUGAAAAGUAUGGCUCGAAAGCGGCACGAAUCUUCCGGGUGAUCCGGAUGAAGAAGUACGUCGAGCAGGAGGAUAUCCAAAAGGAAGCAAUGGUGCCCGCGAAGGAAGCGAAACAGUUAACGUACAAAUUGCUCGAGGAAAAUUUCCUGCAAAUUCAAACGUUCCGCAAACCGGGCGGUGGGAACGCAGGUGCGCCAAAGUCUUUCUUUCUGUUUUACGUUAACCAGUCGCAGAUUGUAUCUAUGCUGCUAGAACUAAGCUACAAGGCGUUAUACAAUUCGAUCACCCGCCUAACGCACGAUAAGACCGUCAACAAACGAUUGAUAGAGAAGAGCCAGCGUUUGGAGAGCAUCGUAGAGACGAUGAAGGAACGCGGCGAAUCGGAUGCAUACAUUAACGAAAUCCUGGAAACGCUCACACCUCCCGAACAGGAAAUACUGGCAAAGGUAAAGCUGCGCGUGAAGAGUCUCUACAGUGCGGAAAUUGGGAUUGAUGAAACGAUCUUCAUUUUGAAACUAUAUCAACAAUAUCAGAAAUAA